ACUUACUUCAUUUGAUUUAUAGCGGGUCUGUUAGGACCAACACAGACCACAGGGUGAGCACCCCCUGCAAGCCUCACUAUCACCUCUUCCAGCAGAAACCUAGUUUUCCAGGAGGUCUCCCAUCCAGUGUUUGCCUGACGUUGAUGACGGAAAAGAGGGGGAAAAUCUAAAACUGGUUCAUUAGACGCCCACGAGCUGAUCUGGUAACACUGUGAGCAUCAAGAGAAGUUAGUUGAAGAGGAAGAGCAGCACGAUGGCGUUCACCUCAGCGGUUCUCAUGUUCCUGUCUGCGGGUUUAUUCACGGUAACAGACGGAGCUGACUGUGAGAGCUAUUACACCAGCAAGAACAAGUACAGACCUUCGUUUAACUGCGGGUUUCUGCAGCACUGCUGUGGAACCUGCAAUGACAGAUUCUGCUGCCCCCUUGAUAUUUUGAGGUUAUCCAAGCGUGAUCAAAAUAUGUGCAAUAUCGGCAGAAACCUUGGUUUUAUCAUUGGCUUAUCAAUAGCAGGGUUUGCGGCCUUCGUCAUCUUGUUCAUCUGCUGCUGCUGCUGCUGCUGCCCCUGCUGCUGUUUCUAUCAAACGUGCAGAAGACACAGAACUGCGGUACAAACAAAUGUAACUACAGUCAUGAAUUCACAAUCCAUUCAGAUGCAGCCAGUAAUGCAGGUAGUCCAGCCCCAACAAUACCAACCAGUGCCGACUCAAGCAGGUUACGGGGGUCAGCCUAUGCAGACAGCACCAUAUCAGGGACAGUCAAAUGCACCAGAACCCCCACCCUCGUAUGACAUGGCCAGUAAGAACAUCUAGUACUGGAUAGACUGAGACCAUGUAGUAUCUGGAGUCUGCAGGUCAGUUUUAUGCUCUCUUCAGUCAGGCUGCAUGUGAUGAAGAUCAGAUCAUGUACGCUCUACAAGCACAGCUUCAACCAGCGCUUCCCACAGACCACACCUCACUUCAACCACCACACAACCCUGAUUACGUGGAUUCACCAGAGACCAGUUAAACACCACCCCACCGCACCACACACACACACACACACACCCACACACACACACAAAUGGCCACUUAUCAACUCUGGAUUGUGGAGGGUUUCACAUUCCCGUGCUUCUUCUACAAAGAACAAUUGUGUUGAGAAUAAAAGUAUUGUUGCUUCAAUUUAGCUUAAACUUGCUUUCAAUUUUUUUUUACUCCAGUCAUUACCCACUGUUUGUUAGUUUCUCUUUAAUUUUAACCAGAUUUGCUCUCAGUGUGGUUUGACACCUUUUGUUGUAUUGCCUUUUGUUUAAUGGUCAAUAAAUGGCAUCAUAAAACGAAUUGUUUAAUGGUCAAAAGUUAAUGCAUCUUAUCUAAAUGUGAAAACAAUCCUUUGUACAAUUU